UUGCCUCUACCGCUCAAUGACCAGCUGGCUUCAAGCUCACUUCACAACUGCAACGCUCUGGUAGGCCUCACAUAAUGCUCAUAUUUAUAUCUAUACUACGCAGCACGACGACUGUAUUACAAAUAUUACUUUGCAUUUCCUUGCAUUCCUAUGAAACUGAAUGUGCCACACUUACUGGGCAACAAAACAUCGUGUUUCCAAAGCUUUUGGAUAGCCGGAGCAUCAAUGGCGCUAAGGUGCUCCAAAUUAACCAAGAUCUUACAUUGAACCUCGAGAAGAGCUCUGUUUUAAGCAAGAACUUUCUCCUCAGGACUUACGAGGAUAACAUCAUGAAGCAUACUUAUCGUGAUGGUGAAGUACUAGAAGAAGGCCUUUAUCAUGACGCUCGUACUUUCUCUUCUGUUAUGCUAUCGGAAGACAAUGGCCUCCAAGUGGAAGGUGUGCUGGGGCCGAAGCUGCGAAUAAAACCACUGAUGGGAGAAAUAAAAGUUGCAGAAGGAAGUGUGGCCCAUGUUCUGUAUGAAGUUACCGAAGAUAAAAUAAAUAACGGUGUAAACGAUGGCGUUCGAUGGGAGAGGUCGCUGAAUGUUUCCGAACGAGACGACACACGCGAUGAUACGAAUGAUGUCGUACUUGUCGAGUUACUUGUGGCCGUGGACAGCACAUUUCGAAGCCAAUUCAGAAGCGUUACUACACUGCUCAGGUACCUCACCAUUACCAUGAAUUCGGCUAAUUUAAGGUACACGACAGUGAAAAAUCCCAGCGUAAAAAUCAAGUUCCACGCACUCGAAAUACUUACUGAAUACAUGGAAACCUUCUUGUAUCGUGUGGACCACUACGUUGCCUCGUAUCGGAGCCUGGAAUCCUUCAGAGAUUACGUGGAGCAACACCCCUCGAAAUAUAGCGCGUACGAUGCUGUAUAUUUGUUUACCGGGCUUGACAUGGCAAAGUACAACGGAUACGGAUGGGAUAUGCAACUCCAGGGCAUCGCAUAUGUUGGAGGCACAUGCACCAAUCGAAAGGUUGGCAUCGGGGAAGACAAAGUUGGAACUUUCUUCGGAGUGCGAAUAUUCGCCCACGAACUUGGACAUCUGUUAGGAUGCCCCCACGAUGGCGAGGCUUAUGGCAUAUAUUCAUCCGUUAAUUGCCCCUGGCAUGAUGGCUAUAUUAUGAGCUACAAGGUAGAGGACAGCAGGAGCAUGCAGUUCUCUUCAUGCUGCAAUAACAUGAUCAGGCUACAUGUAAGGUCGCAUCAAGGUAGUUGCUUGUUGAAAAAAGGCACAAAGCGCAGCAUAAAAAAGACAAACUUCACAAAAGGGCUGCCCGGUGAAUAUUUAAAGAGAGAUGGCCUGUGCAAGUGCGCCUUUCCCGAGGUUCGGGAGACGUAUCUUAUGGAGGGGGAAGACAAGAGCCAAUGCCGCGGGCGUUGUUUUAUGCCAGAACACGUUUAUCGUGUCGGAUUCAGGACCACGAUUUUUCCGGACAACUUCCCGUGCAGCGCCAAUGACGGUAGGGUUUGUAUAAACGGGAACUGCGUGCCGAAAAAGCCGAGGUAUGCAACCUAUCAACCAUCAAAAUGAUUGAAAAAAUAAACUUUUUCAAUUCAAA